AUGGGGGCCGUGGGAGGCAGCUGGAACUACAACUACCAGCGUGCCCCGCGCGGCAUCCCACGUGGUUCCUCCACCCAAGCGCGGCUGUUCCCGGGAUGCACCGCGCCAGAGGCGGGGAGAGAAGCGCAACUCCCGGCGGGCGCUGCGGUGUGGGCGGGAAGGGAGGGAGGGGCGGACGGACAGACGGACGGAGGGCGGGGCGUGGUGGGGAGGGCAGCGCUGCGGGUUCGACCCCCGUCCGGUGCCCUCAGCCCCGGCACCAUGCGCUUAUCGGCUCUUCUGAGCCUGGCAGCCCGGCCUAAGCUGCCCAAGGAUUACCGGCACGGCACCUGGCGGCCCGGCACCGUAGCCGAACGCAUCCGGAAUCCCCCGGGCCUACGCCGCAAGAAGAUCUUCGUGGAACCCAUCAGCAGGGAGGAUUGGAAGGUGUUCCGCGGUGAUACGGUCCAGGUGCUGACCGGGAAGGAUGCGGGGAAGCAGGCGAUGGUCACCCAAGUUGUACGCGCCCGUAACUGGGUGGUGGUGGAAGGGCUGAACACGCAUUACCGCUAUGUCAAUAGGAAUGCCAAGUACAGCAGCACCUACAUUGCCAGCGAGGCUCCGCUGCUGCUCAACCAGAUCUCCUUGGUGGACCCUGAGGACCGGAAGCCAACAGAGGUAGACUGGAGGUACACAGAGGAAGGUGAGCGUGUCCGUGUCUCGCUACGCACCGGCCGUAUCAUCCCCCUCCCUCUGCGACAGCGCCGGGAUGGCAUCGUUCCUGAGCAGUGGAUCGAUGGCCCCAAGGACACAUCGGUAGAUGAUGCACUGGAUAAAACCUACACGCCAUCCCUGAAGACCUUUGAGGAGGAGAUCAUGGACGCCAUGGGGAUUGUGGAGACACGUAGGGCCAAGAAGUCCUACUGGUACUAAAUCCUACUUGAAACCUGGCCUGAAGCUGUAUUCUGUGUUCCAAUGGCAGCAGCUUGCAAUAAAGAUGCCCCUUUAUUUUUCA